GCCGCCGCCUCCCGCCUGCGCCGCCACAGGUUCAACUUGCCCUCGAUCCAUGUGAAGCCCCGUUGGGAGCCCCUCCUCGAGACACCCCAGGCUCAGCCCCCCUGCUGCACGGUGCCCCAGGGCAGCCUGUCCAGAUGAGCAAGGCAUCCCCAGAGGCCCCCGGCACAGAGGCCAACGGCGUCAGCGUCAUCUACAGCCAGGCACACAGCAGUGGCCUGCAGCAGGUGCCCCAGCUGGUGCCCGCCAGCCCCGUGGGCGGGGGCAAGGCUGUGCCCCCCAGCAGGCAGGGCAAGAAGGGCUGCCUGGUGGACAGGAGCAGCGAGGAGUACCGGCAGCGGCGCGAGCGCAACAACAUGGCAGUGAAGAAGAGCCGCCUGAAGAGCAAGCAGCGGGCACAGGACACGCUGCAGAGGGUCACCCAGCUCAAGGAGGAGAACGAGCGCCUGGAGGCCAAGAUCAAGCUCCUGACCAAGGAGUUGAGCGUACUGAAGGACCUGUUCCUGGAGCACGCACACAACCUGGCGGACAACGUGCAGCCCGCCAGCACCGAGCCCCCCAGGGCAAGCCCCGACGGCAGCGGGCAGUAGGCGCUGCUGCAGCCCCUGCCCCUGCGCCCUGCAGCUGCCUGCAGCACCCCUGCGGUGACCCAGCACAGACUCUUCUCCUGACCCUCGCCUUGGGGCACUUUCCCUCCCUCUGGGUUUAACACUGAAGAUUUGAUAUAGUUGCACCAAAAGCCACCUGGGUGCUCUUUGAGACCUUCCUUUCCUCUCCAGGAUCUACCCAAAGCUGCAGAGCUCAGCUCACAGCCAGCAGGCAGCCUGCUCCCAGGGAAGGGCAUUCCCACAGAGGGUCACUUACAGCUGGCACACUGGGAGGAAUCCAGCAGGAUGGACACUGCAGUACCAAAACUCCUCACUGGCUGAAAUGCCUUUGGGUGGCUGUGGCUGUGUCUCAGCCCUCUGGGGUGGCUUUGUCUCAGCCCUUAGCUGGCUCUGUUACAAGCUGAAGAGACCCUGCCCUGGCUUGGUUGCUUUCCCUGGACUGUAGAUCCAUGGAGUGUGUCCUACAAAGCACUUCUUGGGGCUUUCUUGUCCAGUGGUAGCUGCUGGGGGGGGUGCAGCAGUGGUGAUGGGUGCUUGCUGGACAGCAGCAACAUGCUCUGAGGAUAUGUACAGGUUCUCCACAGGAUCUGUACAGGCAGUUGGCGGCCCAACUACAGCCAAGGCUGAAGCAUCCUGCAGUAGAGGUCAGGCAGCACACCCAAAGGUCACUGUGAUCCUGCAAGGCUUUGAGGGUGCUGCUUGACCUCUUGUAUAGGCUCAGGAUGCUUCAGAUCCAACCAGGGCCUCACAAGAGCAAGAAAAUGCCCAAAUGCUGCCAAACCUGUGCUCUGCAAAGCUGCAUUUCUGCUGGGUUGCAGGUGUCAGGAGAACAUAAUCUGCAGCUUGCCUAGGGUCAGCCACAGUGCUUGGAUCACUGCCCUUUGACACUCAGCUCCAUUUUCGUGACUGCUCAGAUUUGCAGCCAAGAUCUCCAGGGAACCCAAACAGCCCUGGUCUGAGUACCUGAUGCAGUGACUUGCUGCAGCCAGCACACAGCUCUGAAGUCUCUUCAGUCUUGGGUUAUGUUCAGAACAAGUUUUUUCCUGCUAGUGCUGAGUCUUUGCCAGGUCCAUAAUGCAGUGAGCUGCACUGCAGUGAGCUGUGCACAGCAGAGCAGAAUCUUUGAUGUGACCUUAAUUUAUUUUCCUUUUAAACUAUUUCCUUGCUGGUAUGGUUGUGUUCCACUGAAGCAGUGCUGGCUAGUGGCUUGCUGCCCUGUCUGACUCUCCCCACAGGUGACUCUCUAGGAUGCUGUUGGCUUCGUGCCUGUCCUUAGGAAGAGAACUUGCAUAUUAUCUCUAUGAAGAUGCUGUUAGCAAACCUUACAAAGUUGGGUUUGAAUUUAAACUUUUAAUACCUACAGAAAAGUUCUAUGGAUUGUUUUGGAUUCUGGUAGUCUUUUUACAAAGAUUUUUUUUGGUUCUAGCUGCAGCUUAAGUAGGUAGGGUUGAAAGAGC